ACCAGAAGAACGCACUUCCGUAGCCGGCAAGACCCGUGCUUGUCAUCCAUCACCCUCCGCCUCGACUCUGCAACUCUCCAACUACAUGUACACACCACCCAGCAAUGCGACAACGAUAGCAGAGUCCCGGCCGCAAACCAACCACCCACCAUGAACACCACCUACCUCUCCACCCUGCACGGCACGGAACUGCCCACCUCCGCCCUGCACUUCAUCGACACCGUUGUCGCCUCCUUCCACCGCAUCCCCGGCUCCGCCAUCGUGAUCCGCUACAUCCGCUCCUCCUACCAAAACGACCCCAUCCGCAGCCUCGUCGAGCUCUUCCUCUUCAUCUUCGCCGUCCGCUACCUGCUCGCGCCGACGUACAGCACCAAGAAGAACAAACACGUGCACCUGACGGAGGAGGAGAUUGAGGAGCUGGUGGAGGACUGGACACCCGAGCCCAUCGCGACGCAGGAGACGGACUUUGAGCGCGUGGAGAAUGAGCGGCGGCCGGUCGUUGUUGGGCCCUCCGGGCCGAAAGUCAAGUUGCAGAAUGGGCGGACGGUGACGAAUCUGGCGAGUUAUAAUCAUUACAAUUUCGCCAAUCAUCCGGAACUGGCGCAGAAGGCGAUCAACACUGUGCGCACAUAUGGUGUUGGGCCGUGCAGUCCGCCGGGCUUCUACGGUACGCAGGACGUGCAUAUGAAGAGCGAGGCGGACAUUGCGAGUCACGUCGGUUUGCCGGCGGCGAUUAUUUAUGCGCAGAGCUUCUCUACCAUCAGCUCCGUGAUUCCUGCGUUUUGCAAGCGCGGCGAUGUCAUUGUUGCCGACAAGGCGGUCAACUUCCCUAUUCGCAAGGGCAUGCAGAUUUCCAGGAGUACCGUGCGGUGGUACGAGCACAACGACAUGAAGGAUCUGGAGCGCGUGUUGCAGCGCGUGGUCAAAGAAGGACGAGGCAAACCUCUGACGCGGCGCUUCAUCGUGACCGAAGGCUUGUUCGAAAACGUCGGCGAUAUGGUGGACCUACCUGCUCUCAUCGAGCUGAAGCUGAAGUACAAGUUCCGUCUCCUGCUGGACGAGACGUGGUCGUACGGCAUUCUGGGCCGCAGCGGAAAGGGCGUGACCGAGCAUCAGAACGUCGACCCUGUCAACAUCGACAUGAUCAUCGGCGGGCUGGCGGGCGCGCUGUCGUCUGGUGGCGGCUUCUGCGCAGGCACAGAGGAGAUUGUGGAGCACCAACGCCUCAGCGCUGCGGCGUAUACCUUCUCCGCUGCGCUGCCUGCAUUACUAGCCACGACGGCGAGUGAGACGGUGACGCUGCUGCAAGAGCAACCUGGCAUCAUCCAAGGACUGCGGGAGAACAUUCGAACCAUGUGGCCGCAAUUGGAUCCCCGGAGUGAGUGGGUGCGCUGCACCAGUGCGCCAGACAACCCGGUGAUGCUGCUGGUGUUGAAGGAGCAGGUGGUGGAAGAGCGCAAACUCUCGAUUCUCGAUCAAGAGAACCUGCUGCAAGAUUGCGUGGACGAGGCUCUCCUCAACGGCGUGCUCAUCACCCGACUGAAAGCCAUGCCCAUCGCGCUCGGCGCCAGUCCGCGCGAGCUGUCGAAGGAAUGGCAGCCGCCGCCAGCGCUGAAGGUGUGCGUCACGAGCGGGCUGUCGAAGAAGGAGACGGAGAAGGCGGGCAUUACCAUCCGGCAUGCCAUUACCACGGUCAUGAAGAGCCGCAAAUGGCAGCGCGUUGCAUAGGGGUGUAUCUGUUUGACCGGGUGGGAUUGCAAGGCAUGGGAAGCAUUAGAUAGCGUUGUACAUUUCAAUUCAUUCAUUAAUGGACCUGACCAGCCCGGCGAUUCGAGGGUCUUCGCUGGUGAUGGAAGAUCCGCCCGCCAGCCACACCCAGCCACUCCCUCCAACCCAACCCCGCGACCCACAUCCAGCUUCACGCUUCCCAUCCA